AUAAUAGUAAUAAGUAAUGCGACCCCGUUGAGAAGGCGAUAAACAAACACAGCUGGGCGCGUCAAAACAAAAACAAACACUUGUUGACCAUCAGGAAACGUUCAUUACUUCUGCCGUCUCGUAUAUUAGAAGGAAGGGUGGCCGGGGCAUGGCAAGCAAUGUGAUAGUGCUGCAUCCACCCCCCUGCAGGAAGGCACUGCUGGGGGAGCUGAAGGAGGAGGGCGGCACCUUCUACCUGCGGGGAAAGCGCAUCACAUACAUUGACAUCAUCGGCACUGUCAUCAGCAUCCUGAACAAGGCCAAGCGGACAGUAUUGGAGGUGGACGACAACACCGCCAUCAUCCGGUGCGUCACCUUCGACAGCGAUGAUGAGGAGGUCAGCUGUGAGACCAACAGUGAGGAUUCUGAGGAUGCGGCCGUACCUGAUGGCUUGCCCCGGCGACUCUGGGAGCAGGACAAACCGGAGACACCGAGUGAGUUUUUCAUGAGACUGGCGGGGCGACGGCGGCCAAUCAAACUCGGGGACCUGGUCAAUGUUACUGGCCGCCUCAAUGUCUUCUAUGACCGCUGGCAGAUCAUCACGUGCAGUGUGGUGCGUGUGAAGGACUGCAACGCUGAGUGGUUCCGCAUCAGGGAGAUCGAGGCCCAGCGCAAGGCUCUCAAGGAACGUUAGCUUGGUAUUCUUGGACGCUGGCUUUGUCUCCUUGGAAAGGCAUUUCAUACAUACAGGAGACAGACAAAAGACCCAUAGUCCAUCCAACCCCAUUAGGGAAAAUAAAGAUGUUAAAGGAAAAGAAGAAGUA